ACUUCAAGCGAGCGUGUACCGAUUCGUCAAGAGAAAGGACUAUUUAACCGCAAGUCUGCCUCGAAAGAGUCGCUAACCCGGUAAACUUGAUUCUCCAAGACAACCAAGACGGCCGAGAUGCAUUGGUGCGUAACGACUCUCACGGUGACGGCGACGCUGGGUGUCUUCGGCUCAGCCUUUGCUAGGGGCCUUUCCCCUCGCCAGGAUGCCGCGCCAAUCCCUAGCUCGUGCCCCGGCGUGACGGCCACAUCACCGUACACCCUCUCGGUCGCCGAGGGAUGGAAGUACACCCUGAUAUCGACGGACGUGUCAAAGCCACGCAGCAUCCUCUUUGACACCGAGGGCCACCUGCUCGUCCUCGAGGCCGGCAAGGGCCUCACAGCGCACACCCUCGGCGCCGACGGCUGCAUCAGCGAGAGCACAACCGUGCUCGAGAACCCCCAGCUGAACCACGGACUCGCGCUCAGCCCGGACGGCAAGACGCUGUACGUCAGCGCUGCGCCGACGGCAUGGUCCUACAGCUACGACGCCGCGACCAUGACGGCGACGGACCAGACGGUGGUGGUCAGGGGUAUGAAUCCCAGCGGCCACAGUUCGCGGACGCUCGCCAUCCCGCCCAACAACCCCAAUCUGCUGAUUGUGUCGCUGGGAUCGGCCGGCAAUAUCGACGGGCCGACAGUCGUGAAAGAGACUGGCCGAGCCAUCGUCAAGGUCUUUGACAUGGCGGAGACGCCGUCUGGCGGGUACUCAUACAACACCGAGGGUUGGUACCUCGGCUACGGCCUGCGGAACGAGGUUGCCCUCGUUUUCGAUGGCAAUAACAUGGUUUGGGGCGUUGAGAACAGCGGAGACCAGCUUACCCGGAACACGACCGACGGCAGCUCGGUCGACGUGCACGUUGACAACCCGGCCGAGGAACUGAACUACCUGGGCGACCCAGCCGUGUCCAACGAGCAAUGGUACGGCUACCCGACAUGCUGGACGGUUGGUGACCCUUCGGUCAUCCCCGACACCUCCUUCAAGGUUGGGGACCAGUUCGUGAUCGCGCCCAACGCGACCUUUGACGACAGCUCGUGCGCCGAGAAGUCGGUGCCGCCGCGGUUGUCCAUGCAGGCUCACAGCGCACCCAUCGACGGCAAGUUCGACAAGGACUCCCUGAACCUGUACGUGUCACUGCAUGGCUCGUGGAACCGCGAGCCCGCGACGGGCUACAAGGUCGUCGAAAUUGCGUUUGCGCAGCUUGAAGAUGGUAGCUAUGAUCCCGUGGAGCCGGCGGAUAGUGUCAAGGGUUAUUCCGAUAUCCUUUGGACGGAGAACGAGGAGUCGUGCACAUCGAGUACUUGUCUGCGGCCGUCGGGCAUCACCUGGCAUCCGGACCACUCGAGGAUGUAUGUCGCAAGUGACGGAGUGGUUGGAGAGAUCUACAUCCUGUACAAGGCCUAGAUGUCACUCCUAACCA